UUAUCCAUCGGGUUCGGACACGAGGAACGCAGGCGAGGACAACGAUGGGACUGAGGCCGAUCCGGCUGUCGCUGGUCCUGGCGUGGAUGCUUCAGUGUACAACGGUCACUGAAACGUACACAAAAUUGGCCAAAGUUGGAGAUGACGUCACUUUUACAUGCGAGGAAGGUUGUCACAGCGCCACCUGGACGUGGACGGGGGACGGAGCCUCCGCCCGGCCGGUGCCGCUGGUUAAACAUGGACGACUGAUCCACCCUUUCUCCAGACUUGUAUUUAAUCCUGACUGCUCUCUGGUGGUCAAGAAUGUCUUGAUUGCAGAUGCAGGUUUCUUCAGCUGCACAUUUUCCAAACCAGCAGCACCAGGGUGGAAGGUGAACGGUGCUCAGCUGUAUGUGUUUACAGAUACGGUAAUACCUGAGCACCCAGUUUUAACCCAGAAAAACCAAGUGGUUACAGAAUCAGCUGAAAAAAAGGGAGCCAUGAUCGACGAGUCUCCAACGUCACCUACGGCGCCAUCUACAGGUCAUUGGUGGAGGUUGGUGCUCGUUCUGGUGGGUCUGGCUGCUCUGGUGGUCGUCGUUAUUUCAGUCCACAUCUGGACCAAAACUGAAGGUUUCAAACUCCAUCGUGACCAGAGCGACCGCCGGGAUGAGGACGCGGUUGUGAGCUAUGAAAAUGUCGGAGGGUUUCCUGCGGCCGUGAGGUUCCACAGAAGUGCUCCACCUGCAGCCGAAGGACGUUCAUUUUAGCAUAGUGUUCUGCCCUGUGUUCAGGUGCAUUUAUAAUGUAAUAGUAGAUUUUGUACAACAGCGCCCCCUUUUGGCCCCCAGCACAUUCCUCUGAAACAGAAAAACUCACAAAAUGACUGAAUGCUGGCAGCGCGUGUCGUAAAAGGAGACACGAGCCGCAUCCGUCUCUGGUUGCCUUGACGAUCAGCCUCUUCAACACCUCUCCAUUGUAGCGAUAAUUCAUAGUUUCCUUUGUUUUAUUCAGGCUUAUGUGGAAUUAAUUGGGAAAUAAUUCAAUUAAAAUAUGACUGGACUGAUAUUGAUUGACCUUUGAGAACCUUUUCUGUUUUCUGCUUAAUGUUAGAGAUGUUUUUGUGGUAAAUUAAACGACCAUUACAUAGAUUGUCUCUUUAUUUUCUGUUACUAUUUUUCUUUUUCAUUGCUUUGGUGUAUUUUAGU